CACAAAGACAAAAAAAAUCACUGUAGCGUGAUUAGCACUUUUUAGCCUAACGAGAAAACUCAAAAAGGUAAAGAAUAAGAAAUUCGAAUUCUGUUGACAAAAAAAAAAAGAAAAAUUCGUAGAUCCAUGAGAUCUUCAGCGGGAAAGCUUCUCUCCCAUUCUCUACGGAGAAACCGCGGGAAACCUGUUGCCGGAGGCCAUGGAUUUUGGAUUCCGGCUACGAGGUCGUCAUCGAAGAUGUUGAUUUCGACGGUCCCGUCAGAUGAAAAACCUGAUCAAAAUUCAAUCGAUGCAGGAUCUUCAAUGCGGAAACCAAUUAGCUUAUGGCCUGGAAUGUAUCAUUCUCCGGUGACUAAUGCGCUUUGGGAAGCUAGACGUAAUAUGUUCGAAAACCCUACCGGAGACGACGAUUCUCAGUCAAAAUUGACGGCUAAGUCUCCGUCGCGAAGCCGGACUUCGAUUCUCUACAAGUUUUCUUCUGAUUUUGUUCUUAGAGAACAGUAUAGGAAUCCUUGGAAUGAGAUUCGUACUGGUAAAUUGGUUGAAGAUCUUGAUGCUCUUGCUGGAACCAUCUCCUUCAAGCAUUGUGGUGGUGAUAGCAGUGCGAGAUCAAUGAUUUUGGUGACUGCUUCAGUGGAUAGGAUUAUCAUGAAAAGACCAAUUCGUGUUGAUGUUGACCUGAGUAUAGUUGGCGCUGUUACAUGGGUUGGAAGAUCAUCCAUGGAGAUGCAAUUACAAGUACUCCAAAGUCAAGAUGCCAAUUCCGCUGAGUCGGUUGCCCUUGAAGCAAACUUUACAUUUGUGGCUCGAGAUGCCCAGACAGGCAAGUCAACUCCAAUUAACCAAGUCGUGCCAGAAACUGAACACGAAAAACGUCUGUGGAAAGAGGCAGAAGAGAGGAAUAAACUACGAAAACAAAAGAGAGCACAAGGUAAAGAAGAGCAUGAGAAGUUGAAGGACUUAGAGAGGCUAAAUGAGUUAUUAGCAGAAGGACGAGUAUUCCUGGACAUGCCAGCUCUUGCAGAUCGGAACAGCAUCCUAAUUAAGGAUACUUACCAUGAAAACUCAUUGAUCUGCCAGCCACAGCAAAGGAAUAUUCAUGGCAGAAUUUUUGGAGGCUUCUUGAUGCGCAAAGCUUUUGAGCUGGCCUUCUCCAAUGCUUACACCUUCGCUGGGGUUUCACCACGUUUUCUUGAAGUUGAUCGCGUCGAUUUUAUCAAACCAGUAGAUGUUGGAAACUUCCUUCGUUUCAAAUCACGAGUAUUGUACACAGAAGCUAACAGUUCUGCUGAACCGCUGAUAAACAUCGAGGUUGUAGCUCAUGUUACAAGUCCAGAGCUCAGGUCCAGCGAAGUCUCUAACAGGUUCUACUUCACCUUCAGUGUGAGACCUGAGGCCAUGAAAGAUGGAUUGAAAAUAAGGAAUGUGGUUCCCGCAACUGAAGAAGAAGCUAGAACGGUAAUCGAGCGCAUGGACGCAGAGAGACCCAUCUCAUCGCCUUGACCGCAGCAUUUGAACUGUUGAUAUCGAUAAACAAGAGAAACCCAGUCUGACUAAAAUAUGAAUAAGAAGCCAUUUAAUUUCCUUUAUGCAAAAGAGAUUCGUUUAAUCAUUCUUUCCCUCUGCGAGGGAACAACGAUCUUCGACAAUAUGAGAGAAAUGUCUAUGUAUAGCUACUGACCUACACUAUAAUAUGUUUAUUUCAGGCUAUUUUUCUAAUUAAAAGAAGACGAAAAAAAA